AAUAUUUAGUAGCCACAAUAUUAUUUCCCAUCCACCGUUUUCCCAUCGUGCUUUUAUUCAUCCUCUGCGUCUGCGGUCCCAUUUUGUGUGUGAGAUUCUCUUCUCUUCCCAUUCGUUACUCUCACUUUCACCAUGCCUCUUUCUCUCAUUUCCCCUUCUUACCUUCACUUACCUAUAUUUUCUUCUUCUUCUCCCUCUUCACGCCUUAAUCCUCUUCCCUCGUUUUCCUUCCCUUCCCGAAUUUCCCACAAACCCCUUCACCUUCACCUUCAAAACUCUCUUCUUUUUCCCAAGAUUUGCUCUCAACUUCAACAAACCACAGUUAACAAGGACCUGUGGGAUAACUCGAUUCUGAAAAGUGACACCCCAGUCCUUGUUGAGUUCUAUGCAAACUGGUGUGGCCCGUGUAGGAUGGUACACCGAGUUAUUGAUGAGGUUGAAACAGAGUAUGCUGGAAGACUCAAGUGCUUUGUACUCAACACAGACGCUGAUAUGCAAAUUGCUGAAGAGUAUGAAAUUAAGGCAGUACCAGUGGUUUUAUUGUUUAAGAAUGGCAAGAAAUUUGACGUCAUAGUUGGCACCAUGCCAAAGGAGUUUUAUGUGUCUGCAAUUGAGAGGAUGCUCAAUUGAGAGAUAAACUUUUGUUGUCAAUGUCAUGUUGAAUUUUGGUUAAAAUUUCAGGUUAUCUUGUUCGGCUGCUCAACAUUAUUGAGUUCUUCGUGUAAAUACUUGAUUUACUUUCUCUUGCAAUAUCUAGUAAUGAAUGUUCCACCUUCUAUC